UGCUGCGGGAUCUUGGCCAUCCUGUGGGAGCCCACUUGCCGGUAGAGCCCAGGACCGAAGAAGCAAGUUGCAACAUGUACUUUGUGACACUUGUGUUUAAAAGGGUUCUUCGUCUGCUUGGUUUGCCGGGGAGGGCCCAGGAGGAGCCAAUCGCGCUACUCAGCCCUCGGGAGGACCUCACAGCUGGAACUCCCGGGAAAGCCGCGGUUGAUCCUUAAAGCAAAAAGCUAUCCAGAAAAGGGCUUUCAUGAAGAAACUAAAGAGAGAAAUUAUAAGUGAGAGAGAAACUAGGAAUUGUACACUGGAGAAACCACCUAAAACAACUGUAUGGAGUAAGACAAAAGGAGUGAAUACAUCUGGAAGAAAUUUUACGUAGCAUAUUUUUGCCCACCUUUUUGUCAUAAAGGCUACUAAGGAAGAGAGAAUAUAGUUUUCUAGAGAAAGAACGAGUGUGAUGUAAACAUGGAAACCACGGUUUCCGAAAUUCAAGUCGAAAGCAAGGAUGAGAAGAGACCCACAGAAGUUAGUCCUCAAGAUGAGAGACAGGAGGAAAGAGCAUCAGUGCUUUGCUUCAAGCGAAGAAAGAAAGCAACUAAAGCAAUGAAGCCCAAAGCUAGCUCUGAAGCUGCUGGUACAGCAAGAAAGUGUCCCCCAGAAGCAGGAGCUUCGGAUCAGCCACAGCCCCCAGGGGGGGCCUGGGCCUCAAUCAAACGUCUGGUGACACGCAGGAAAAGGUCAGAAUCUUCAAAGCAGCAGAAGCCCUUUGAGGCUAAAGUGCAGCCUGAAAUCAGCGCUGAGGAUGCUGAUGUUUCUAAGAAAAAGGCAAAAUCCGGACUUAAGAUUCCCUGCAUAAAAUUCUCAAAAGGAGAGAAAAGAAGUAAUCAUUCCAAAAUCAUAGAAGACUCAGACUGCAGCAUCAGAGUCCAGGGAGAGGCUGCACAUUUGGAUACAAAAGAUGACCAGGCAGCAAAGACCCAGUUGCCCCAGGAUGUAAGUAAAGAUGUCUCACAGAAAGGGGGUGAUGAGGUCUGUGAACCAGAUGUGAGCAACAGCACAACUACAGCUGGAGAGAAAGUGAUUUCAGUAGAACUUGGGUUAGAUACGGGGCAUUCUGCCAUUCACCCGGCAACACUAAUCCUUGAAAGAGAUACUGAAACGAUUGAGGAAAAACAAAGUGUCCAAGGCCAGCAAGCAAGCCCACUUGAAACUUCAGAAACAGCACCUCAGCCACCAGUGGUUUCUGAGGUUCCUCCCCCACCUGCAAGCCCAGAUCAGCAAAUUGUAGAAGACGCCAGAAGCAAUAUCCUCGAAAGUGGACCAAAUGGGGAAGAGCACGAAAGUAGAGAGAUGGUAGCUGAAGAGAGUGAGCCGAAAGAUACUGAAUUGAGCCAGGAAUCAGAGCUGAGAGAAAAUGAGGUCACUGCAGAGAAACCCAAACCAGAAGAAAGCAAAAGAAUGGAGCCAAUUGCUAUUAUUAUUACAGACACUGAAAUCAGUGAAUUUGAUGUUAAGAAAUCUAAAAAUGUCCCUAAGCAAUUCUUAAUUUCAAUUGAAAAUGAGCAAGUAGGGGUUUUUGCUAAUGAUAGUGGUUUUGAGGGUAGAACUUCAGAACAAUACGAAACACUCUUAACAGAAACAGCUUCUUCUCUUGUCAAGAAUGCUAUCCAAUUGUCUAUAGAACAGCUGGUUAAUGAAAUGGCCUCUGAUGAUAAUAAAAUGAACAAUCUUCUAUAGUGACUUAAUUUCCAGAUCAUGGGAGGGAAAAAAAAAAGCUUCAUGCUAAAUUACUUUGCAAAUUUUGGCAUUCUUAUUCAGUUACAAAUAAGAGAUUUGUCAUCUGUGGGAUUUACAGGUACAGUUCCAGCCCAGAAGUGCUAAAGAAUUAAGUUUAUAAAACUGUCCUACCACUGAAAUGCAAUCGCUUCUGGAUUGGAGGAAGUUAGUACGGAUCGCAAUGGAAGUGACAUACAGGGAGUUGCUAAAAUGACAUGUGGAAGUUGGGGUGCUUGGGGGGAGGAAGCUGUAUUUAUUGAGCACUUAUGGUAUGCCAGAAACUCUUUAAUAUUCUCUGAUGUCACAAAGCCUGGUUUCCUUUUGAUAGUUCAAUCCUGUGUAUAGGUUAACAUCACAUUUGAUUUUCAAAAAAAAAUUUUUUACAGUGCACUUUUAUGUUUAAAAUGGUGAGUAAGGUGAGCUAUUUUUGUGAAUGUGUGAUUUACAGUUGUUACGCUCAUAGGCAGUAGUCUUACCUCAAAAAAAAAAUUGCCUUUUCCUAAUUGCAGCAGAAUGUGCAUAUUUGAAUUAAACGUGUUUUUCUAGUCUUGCUUAAAUACCGUGCAAAAGCCAUUCACAAUUUAUAUCAAAUAGGCAAAUAGUUACCAAGUGCAAAGGUGUGGAAAUAGGCAGUGCAUCGUCCCUCUCCAUUUUUCUUCUGCCUCAGACAAACCUGUCUAAAUCCAUUUCUGCAUGGGGUCGUCUGCCGAAAAGUUAGAAGCAAAACCCAAAAGACUAAACAACAGCAACAGGAAAAACAAGAAGAGUGAAAUACUGUUUUCCGUCCAGGAGAAGGCAAACUGCCCAAGUAACAAAUGAUCACAGAUAACGUAGGAUUCAUCUUGCAGGAUUGCUUCUCUAGAGACCACAUUCAUCCUCCUCUCCCCAAAGAGGGAAUUCACAGCCAGCCUGGCAGUAAAAGUCCCAGGAAAUCAUAAUAACUUAGCGAAAAUAUUAUUUACUUUUGACCAAGAAUGAGGCAAGUUCAUGGUUGAAUAGAAAGUGAGAAGUUAUUGCUAAAGCACAUUGUAUUUUAAAUGUCAGUAUUCUCGCAUUGUGCCUAUGUGUCAAGAGACACCAGUAACAAACAUUUUACAUGGAUUUUGAAAAUUAACUUUUUCAUCAGUAUGUUCAAUCCAGCUAAUCCCUUACAAAAAAAAAAAAAAGAACUUAAUGUAACAACGAGAAGGGCUUAUUUGCAUUUUAUCUGGUUAUUUAAAUCACCGAUCUCAUCAACGAUUGCCAUAUUUUUUGAAAAAGUAACUGUUUCUAUCUUUCCUUGUGUGAAAUGGCCAUAAUACUACAACACACUUCCCUACCUCACAGUAAAGGUCCAAAUUGUAUAGUCCCCACUGUCCAAACUGAGGGACAGCGUUAUUCUGACAAUAGAGGAAGUAUAAAGAGCUUUCCACUCAAGUUGCAAGGUAUUUGUUAAAGAGGGUUUGUACAUUCUUGGAGAAAAGAGUGUACAUUAGGUGACUAAAUGAUCUGGUGACUUCUUGCAUUAUUUAUCAAUUCGCAUAGAAAGUAUAUGUUAUUUUAUCCUAUAGAACCUUCUUUGUUUCUUGCUGUGAGUACAUCUUGAGACCUCCUGCAGAAAAACAUAAUCUGACUUUGGAACUGAACCAAAUAAUGGAUAUUAUUGGCAAGAUUCUUCGCUGAAGUACAAAAUUAUUCCCCCAGACUUUUCUACCUUCAUGCCUAUAACCUUGGGAGGAGAAAUCCACAAAAAUCCUUCAGUUUAGCAACACAAAAGUGGAUUUUCAAAACAUACUACUCAAGAAAUGAAUUUCUUUUAGUUGUAAAAUUUUUAAACAUUAAAAAAAAGACUGCUAAGUCAUUCUCCCUAAAAAUAUUCUUUUUAAUUCACUAUAUGUGGUGCUAAUGGACUUGGAUGGCUACCAGCAAAUAUCAUAUCAUAUUCAAAAGUGAACAAUUUUUUAAAAUCUGAUCAAAGUUGGUGCAUUUUACAGUGUUUUAAGGAAACCUAUCUACAUUUAUUGCAAGAAUGGCUCAAGCCAAUAUACUUGCAUUGUAAGUUCUUUAGCCAUCUCUAAUGAAUGAACACAAAGUAUAGCGCUUACCAGUGACUGAAAAUAUUUUGGAAGGCUUAGGCAUAUUUGGGAGUUUUAAAAACAGAUAUGAGAUAAAUAUGUGUAAUUAAUUAUUUUUGUUAAGAAAAUAACACUUUCUCUAGUCCUGGGUUUCUACUAUUUUUUUUUCCGCUAUGGUUUGAUAUAUAUUUUUGGUUAGAAUGUAUUAUAAUUGAUUGUUUUUGUGAUAAGAUGUGUACUCUACCUGCAUUCAUUCUUAAGUGGUUCCUCCUUAAUCUUUUUUAUUGAGAAUAUCUGGUGAAUUAAAUAAAUAGGAUUCCAGUCUGAAAAAGGAAUCCAGAAAUUAACUGGUCUUGAUUGAGUAUACCUGCCACUUGGCCAAAUCUUAUUAAAAUGAAUUCUAAGGUGAUCCAGAUUGUCUUGUUACAGAAAUAAGCAGGAAUCAGAUAACUUGGAAGUCUCUUAUAAAAUAUGUUUCAUUUCAAUAGUAGUUAUUUUAAGCAAUUGGACCUUGUAUACAAGACAUAAAAUGAAUAUAAAUAGGUCCCUAUUCAGUUUAUACCCAUCUGACAUGAUUUAAAUGAUCAUUUAAAAGGCAAUUUAAUAAUAUCACAUUAAUUUUCAUUUAAAUUCGCUGUGAUAAGUGCUGCUUUUAAUGAACAU